CUUCCAUGUGUAAAAAUAGACAUAGCUUAACUAGUAAUACUGUCAGUAAGAAGCAAAAUCUUAAAACAAGAAGGAGAUUAUCUUUCAGUGAGAAUGAGAGCUCACCAGAAUCUGAACCAUGUUCUGAUAAAAAUAUAAGAACAAAUGCUGCGAAGGAUUCAUUAGAUUUGACUCCUCAUCGAACCACACCUUUAUCUGAAAGACAACAAAUUGCUCUUCUUUGUCGACUGAGUGCUGGCAAUUCUUCUGAAGAAGCUAGUCCUGUUUCUUUCAAAGACGAUUCUGAUUUAUCACCUUUGCUAAAACGGAAUGAAAGAGGAGAAACCCCAUUGCAUUUGGCUGCUAUAAAAGGGGAUCUUCACAAAGUUCGUAAACUUCUAAGGGAAGGAGCUCGAGUUAAUGCGAUUGAUUUUGCAGGUUGGACUCCUUUGCAUGAAGCAUGCAACUAUGGUUGGUAUGAUAUUGUUAAGCUGUUAAUUCAGUUUGGUGCUGAUGUAAAUGCUCCAGGAUUAGAUAGCGACACACCACUCCAUGAUGCUGUUGUAAAUAAACAUGAAAAAAUUGUUAAAUUCCUUUUGAAAUAUGGUGCUGACCCUUUGCAGAAAAAUGCUCAUAGGAGAACACCUCUUGAUGUUGCUAGAUCAGAAGAAAUUAUUCGACUUUUGAAAGAAGCUGCACAGUUACAGAAGCAAAAAAAUUUAAGCGGGCCUGGUUCACAAAAAGGCCUCCUCAGAACGCCUGAGGCUGUGGGAAACAGGCAGAGCGAAAAGUCACCCUGCCAUCCUAUCUCAGCCUUAUGUGAUCUUACCAUGAGAAAGAAUUCACCUCAAAAUCAAACACAUAAAGGUGCAGAUAAACCCACCUCCCCAAGAUUGACUCUUCGAUUUCAGUCUAUCAGAUCAAGGGAUGACAAAAAUUCAAGCAGUGCCAAGGUUAAUGACAUUAGUUCUUCUCAACCUAAGUACCAAUCCUAUUGUGUUACAAUGGAAACAAAAGGUGAUGUGUAUGACUUCCGUAAAGAGGAUGCCACUGUUUCAUCUACGCAAAAUCUUGCAUCAAUUCCAGAAAAUGAAGGAACUGGAACUAAAUCUGAGGCUGUAACUAGUACAUGUAAGGAGGUGGAGGAAAGUAGUAAAGAUAGUAAAAAAUUAGACGAAUCUGAAGUAUCAGAGAAGUCUGCACCCUCUGAGAAAAUGGACACUUCAGAAAAUGUUGUUUCUAAAGUUAAUGGAGGACGUCUUAGUAGUGAUUCCUGUAGCAAAGAAUGUGCCAGUGAUUUAGAAAAAGAAGACAGUCGUCGCAAAAGAAGGAAAAGUAGUGACAGUGUUCAGAGUCGCCAUAAUGUAGGUAGGGGUCAUAAAUCGCCUUGCAAAUCUCAGCAAGAAGGCCAUGGUGACCAGAGGAGUCCAAAAACUCGCAAGAGAGGGAGUUUAUCCAGUUCAGACACUGAGAGUAACCAAAGUGAUGCUGAAGCACCAUUGAAUGAUGCAAAUGUAGAGUCAUCUUCCAAUUUUAAUGGACCAACUGCUGUUGGUCCUCACUCUCCAAAAGUUCCUCCAUUAAAAAUUGUCAUUCCAUCUGGCACUGGAUCUUUAGAGUUAGAGACUCGUGAAAGAAGUAAGGUGUCAUCUUCCAAGCAAGCACUGCCGUAUGUUGUAAAUACAACAACUUCUGAUACUGUGGAUACUAACUCCGAAUCGGUUUGUGGGCCAUUUUCAGGAGAGGGUAGCAGGGAAGGUUCAAAAUCUGAAAUAGCAUCUAGUAAAUCAAAAGAAGAUGUACAUCAGCCAGAAGAAAGAUUCCAGAGGGUAACACGGAGUAGUCAGCGCAUGCAAGCUGCAAUGUCUGGUGGUUCUUCUAGCCAAUGUCAUAGUUCAGAGACACACUCAAAUUUAGUUUCCUCUAGUAAUCAGAAGGGUGAUGCUUCUGGAGAGAGUUCUAAUGAUGAGCAAAUGCAAAUUCAAGUAGAUGUACACCCUCGUAAACGAAAAUUAAGAGCUAGAGAGGCAACCAAUGAGAAUGGCUCUCAGAAUCCGUCAUCAGCCUCUUCUAGCAGUGAGGACUCUCAGCAGCAGCAUCAGUUACUAAACUCUUACCAAAUGUACUUAAACAUUAGAAAACAGGUAGGUGCACAUUUAUGUGUAAUUAUUAUUGGUAAUAAUAUGAAAGCAGUACUGUGGCUGUCUUAUGUACUUAUGGCUAUGAAUUAUAUUUCUACUUGGUCUUUUUUUGAUAAAUGUUGAGACAGAUGUUUUAUUUGCGGAAUGUUUUAUUUAUAUUUCUUAUUAUAUCUACAACUUCUCGGAAUGUCAUUUCUAAAUAAAUCGUUUUAAAACAGAAUGGAGUUAGGAAUAAAUACAUUUACUCACUACAAAAACUAUCUUUAAAGUUGAAAUUGGGCUCGGUGCUCUGCAAACUGCGCUUGGUGUUUAACUCCAAAUUAAGCUUGUUACCUUUUCAGUAAAUAUGUAUAAAUAUGUAUAGUAUCAAAUUAUUUGUUCAUACAGAAAGCUCUGCAGUUUUCCAGAGGAAAGUAU